CCGUGGCCGUCAUCCGGCUCUCAAGCUAUCGUAUAUCAAGUUUCACGCUCAAAGCUCAAAUUCAUACACAGUCAGCCCGACCUGUGAUCGACAUGAGUGGUGUAUCCAAUGGCUCUAGCAUGAAUGCGAAUCAGAGGAGGACUAUGAAGAGCACACGUCGAAAUGCCUCCAAACUACCGGACCUUCCUACCUCUGAAAACUCAAGAGAAGAGCAACUACGUGGAAUUUUGAGGCAUACGCUCAUAACGGGGCAGUUCUAUGACGCUACCAUCUAUGCUUACUCUCGCCGUCGUACUUCUGGCGUGACUGACAUGCCACGGCCCGUUUACGCCAAUAGCGUCAUGUUGCAGAAUACGUCCGAUUACUUCGUCCACCUCUUCUCUCCAGAGGUUAUGGAGAGUAGAACCGGCCUGUGCGAGACUCCAUCCUCGGACGGAUCACUCGUCGGCAAUGAUGCAUACGACUAUGCGUCGGACAGCGAUCUCGAGAGUGAGGACGAGUGCGCUUCCGGAAGCGAUACUGCGAAUGAUAUAAGCACCAAGAUCGUGUGCAUGUCAUCUCACGACAAAACAGAUAUGCAGACUGAAAAUCGUGAUUCGAGAAAUCGUACUGUUUCCCUACAGCAAGAUGAGAAGCCUGGACGAACACUUUUCAUCAAAAACAUUGCUUUAACACGACUGCAGGCCUUUGUGUUUUACGUCUUCACUGGAGAAGUCAGGUUCGCGCCUCUCAAAUCACAAAACCGCGACGCCAACGAAGCUCCUCAAGCACAAGAUUCGUAUGCACCAUUGUGCUCUCCAAAAUCUAUGUACCGCCUCGCGGACAUGUGUGACCUGGCUGAACUGAAAGCCCUCGCUCUCGAGGACAUCAAAGCCAAGCUCUCUCAGGAAAACAUCCUGCAGGAGCUCUUCUCGGAAUUCACACCAUUGCACGAUGACGUUCUCCACGCCGAGAUAACGCUUCUCACCGAGAACGCCCUCUCCUCGAACGUCAUUGCCGAGAUGCAACACUGGAUUGACCGUGCGACCAAGGGCCAGCCGCAGCAUGGCAACAAGGUCUUAACUGCUCUCUUCGCCAAGUUGGCUGCCAACAAUCCCGCACGUGGUGGGCCACCGAUUACUCGUGAAGAACAUUCGGUGUACCCGCGGGCCUGCCCGAUGGGUCACCAGAAUUAUAUCACUGACAGCUCUGACCCGCGUAUGAACUUGAACAAUUGGCUUCAAGCCAACAUGAGCACGAGCGUUUUGGAGUGGGAGUAUGCCUCGCACGGCACCGGACGUGCCAUCAUGUGGACCGCGGUUGCCUUCGUCAAUGGCUUCGAGUACGGGAGAGGCACCGCUGCGAGCAAGGGCGCUGCAAUGGACAUUGCGGCCCAACAGGCUCUCUCUGCGCUUCAAGCUCGGGCCGCUGGACGCUAG